AUGGUGGAAGCAGAUCCGCUUCUUCUCAAUGAUUCUGUAUGUAAAACUUUUUCCUCGAAGUGUCGGCGUCUGUUUCACUUAGGCCCCAUAUUUGGAUUGGGUCUCGUGAUUUUUCUUACUCUUGCUAGCUUAUCUGUAAUCAUAUCAAAUUUUCUACCGUCUCGGAGGAUUUUCGGCUCAUUUAACGCAAUUUUCUGCGUGCUUUUAUCAACCUACAUUUUGCAAAGCUAUACUUUGGCUGCCUGGCUUGGUCCAGGCUUUGUAAAACUCGGGUGGCAACCGAACAAUCCCAAAGAUAAAGCUUUUCUACAAUUUUGUUCAGCAUGUGGUGGAUUUAAACCUCCCCGUUCUCAUCAUUGUCACACCUGUGGGAGAUGUGUUCUUAAAAUGGAUCACCAUUGCCCUUGGAUUAAUAGCUGUGUUGGCCAUCUAAAUCAUGGCCACUUUAUCCAUUUUGUUCUAUCAGCACCCAUCGGAUGUUUGUACUGUUGCAUCCUGUGCUCUUAUCGUGUAUAUUUUUCGUAUGCUUUAUACCGAUUUGGCUAUGAUUAUCGAAUACUGUUUAACUUUUACGAAGUCGCUGUUUUGCUCAUUGCUUUCGGUCUGGCAUUUGGGGUUAUCUUGGCUGUUGGAGGACUUGGUUAUUGCCAGAUAAAAGGAAUUCUCCGGAAUAGGACUGUGAUUGAAGAGUGGAUAAUGACGAAGGUAUGUUUAUUCUGCUUUGUAUUUUGUGAAAUGGAUAAUGAAUCGAAUCCUAAGCCGAUGGUUUACCCCUAUGAUUUGGGUUGGAAGCUUAAUCUUUUGCAGGUUCUCCUUUCGCUUUUAUUCAUCCAUUUUUUUGGAAAAGCCUUCACUUUGACUCUAAAAUCUUUCAUGGGUUAUAGGUGGGGUUUAAUGUUCUUGUUUGUUUAUUUUUGGCAGAUAGAACAGCUUAAACAGAAAAACCUAAAGAACAAGUCAGCCAUCCCCUUCCGAAUCGAACGCGCCUACUCUGGUAGCAAUCUGCCCACAUCGUUUGGGUGCCGCACCUAUUGUUGCCCACCAUGCAGUGGUGAGAAUCGUAUGGCCGUUGCCGUCGGAGACACCGUCCUCGUCACUCGAGGGCAUAAGUGA